AUGACGACAGUCGUCGAUUAUCAUUAUACUGCCCCUUCGGCCUACGACUUCCCCGCUCGACAUCCACAUCACCAUCAUCCUCACGCCAUGAUAAAGCACCAUCCUCAGCCUCUAAACCUGAGCAGUGCUAUACCUCGCGGACUUCCAACACCUUACCUCCCUCCACCAAUUCCUUCGCCGUCGGCACAAUCAAGAUCUGCAUCGACAGGGUACACUCCGUCAAACCGCCGAACAAACUCCACCGGCUCUUCUUCCCUACAUCGCUCUACAUCUAAUGGUUCCUCCGGCAGCUCAAAUGCCUACGUUACCACUUUACGCAAACAAAAGGCAACUGUAUGGUGUGACCGUGCUCAGCGAGAAGAUUCCCGUUUCCUCGCCGCUCAGAAGGCUGCGAAGGCAAAGGCAGCUCUCGAAGUUGCUCGUGCAGCAGCCCAACAAAGCCAUCAUAGAACGAGUGAGAGCGGCAGCUCCAUGCACCGUGGGAAGAUAAGUCACCACCGUGGUGGCCGGAAGAGCAGCAGCGUAGAUCACGAGUUCAGCACGAACAGAAGUUUGGUUGCCGGCGUACCUGCUAGGCUCGACAUUGACGACGAUACCUCAGGUGAUGAACAGCCCGGUAGCGGUAACGGCAGCGUAUAUGGCGGUGCCGCACGACGAACAAACUCUGGGCGGAGCUCGAUAAACUCCACAGGCCAGAGACGGUUCACAACUACGACUACGUCGUCAGGUGGUGAUAGAACCAGCGGGCCGGGAACGCCACAGCUACAACUUAGGGUUCACGAUUUACAAAGCUACCCUAGCUAUAACGCAACCCACUCUUCAAGCCCAUCGACAUACUCUCGGACGUCGAGCAUCAUAGAUACAGCACUCCCUGAGGUGCCAGAGCCGGUAGAGAACUCCAGUGCUAUGACAGACAUCAGGAGAAACAAUAGUGGGAACAGUGGUGGCCUCCGACACGAAUACCUUCCCGCGCAUAGGAAAUCUAGUAGCGUUAACAGGCAACACCCGAGCCCAAAUCAAUCUGAUGCUAUGCUCCAAUCACAUCAACAGGGUUAUUCGAGCGAGGGAUACCCGCUUGGAUUUUCGGAGGGGGCCGCUCGUCCGCGACCAGCUGCCGUUACGAGGGCAAUCAGUUCAAGAGAACCUGCGGAUCUGAGACGGAAAGGUAGUAUCGACGAUAGCAGGACGACCACUAUGGGGCGUGUCCGCUUGUUCGUUGCGAAUCCGGAUCAGUAA